GUGGAUUUUGACAGAUUUCUUAUUCUAGAGUGAGGUUAGAGAGAGAAGUAGAAGCUUGAAGAAGAAGUGUAAGAGACCCUAAAGGAGGAUUUCCAGCACUUGAAGACCCUCUUCUUCCUCUACCCAGUUUUGUUGCACUCGAAUGCCAUUUGUGGUGGUUGUCCAAGUUGUUGUUGUUGCUUUUAUUCGUGUGUUGAGGUCUUAAAGUCAGUAUGAUUCACGCAUUUUGUGCCUAUAUGAUAUGUCCCCAAAGUUUGUAUGGUCAAAACGUUUUACGCUGCCUUGUAUCUGACUUGGUUUGCUUGGGGACAAGCAAAUGGUUAAGUGGGUGAUGACUCGGUAUUUGCACAUGUUUUCCCCUUUGUUUCUUGAUUGUUUGAGCUUGAAUUAUUGCGUCUUUGGCCUAUUUUAUGCUAGGUUGUGUUCCUUUGUCCCAUUUCAGGUCCUAGCACAUAAAGUGAAGCAUAGGCGCAAGUUUCAAGUCAAUCAGAGAUCAAUUGACGAUUCGAGAGAAGAAACUCGGGCAUGACCUGAAGAAGAAUGGAUUUCUACCUCACUUUAUGGACAAAGAAUCAUGCAAGCUUGUUAUGAAACGAAAGAGGACGAGACUACGAGCGUCUGGGAUCAAACGGCGAUUGAUUCGGAGUCCGGACGAGGGAGAAACGAAGCAUUAAACAGAGGCUGAGCAAGCUGCACGGGCAGACCAGCGUGGCCACGCACGGCCGUGCAAGUGACCAGUUUGGCCGUGCGGGAUUGUGCGUGGGCACGCACGGGAUUGUGCGUGGGCACGCACGGCCGUGCAACAUACAAUUCUGGCCGUGCGAGUUGGCUGAGGUUCAACUAAUUGAUACGCCGCGUUUUGAGGUGCACGGCCAGAAUGGUGAUGUGCACGGCCGUGCACCCUGGCCGUGCGAGUCGGGAUUUUCUCCUUUUAAGCAGAAUUUCAGCCACAAUUCGGGGGGAUUCGAGUUUUUGAGAGAGAGAUCAGUUCCUAGAGAGAGAAAGUGACGAGCAAGAGUUCCCAAGUGCCCUAGAUUGAUCUUCAACACCAUUGGAGGCCAGCUUGAGCUUGGAGGAGUGCCAAUCAACGUCCAGAAGCAGGAAUCCAUCCUUUGCAGUAUGAAUUCCGUGUCUGAUUCUGCUUUUGCUUUCUUCUCCAUGGAGUAGUUCUCCCAUUCAUCUGGGUAUGGAGAACCCUAGAUUUGUAUGUUAGGCUUUGAUUGUAUGAACCCAAGUACUGAUUCUGUGAUUGAUUAUAUUCGAUUGAGGUUUUGAUGAUUGAAUGACUUGAAUCUUGAUCAAAUUCCUGUUGUUUCUGCUUUAACCUAGAAUGAGAAUAUCUGCCUAGGUUAAUAGAGUAUCCUUGAUUGAAGGUAGGGAGUUGGUGACUUUAGUCGAGGAGCCAACUCACUAUUCUGUACCGGAUUUACUCCGGUAGUGGAGGUUUUGUUCUUAGGGCCUCAAUCUGUCGACUCCGGUGGAGGUUAGUCGCCCGCUAGAGAGUCAGAUUGAGAGGGUCUGAAGACCUUUAGUCGAGACUUCAGGCUGUUUAAGAACCUUCCGCAGUAUAACUGUCAUAGAAACUGAACUUGGUAAUUACAAUCCGGCUUAACUGCAGUCUAGGGGGAACCAUAUCCGGGUGACCUCUUUAACCUGAAUACAACCGUUUACUUGCUUUGUUUGUUUGGUAGAUUAGACUUGCACUCCAGUUUUAUUGCUAGAUAACAAGAACUCACUGAGUAGUCAGCAAAUCUAGGACCCGGGUUGAUAAUUAAACCUAAACCCGCUAUACUACGCUUUAGGAAGUGGUUACACUUGGCCAAUUCCUGGAGUGACAGUAGAGUUGAGUCAAGUUUUUGGCGCCGUUGCCGGGGACGGCUAGGUUGUUGAAGAAAAGUGAUUUCUGUUAAUUUAGCUUUUCUUUGUACUUUGUUUACUUUGUCCCACUUGUGCCUUCACGGGUUUGUUGCUUGAGUGGGUGCAGGUAGUGCAUGACCCGUAGCCAGUCGGGAGGUUUACUGCCAUUGAAUCCAGAGAUUGACCGCACCUGUCGCCAGCUCAGGAGACAACAGCUAGCUAGACUGGCUACGGAAGAGCGCAUAGACGGCCACCUGAGCAGCGAUUCUGAAGAAGAGCACGGGAUGGACGGAGACUACAACCAACACCAGGGGAAUCCACAGCAGGUUCCCCCGGUGAAUCAGGUCCUGGGGAACAACCCCAUACCCCAGGACCAUGGAGUUCAUCAUCCACCGCAGCCGGGUCCCACCUUGGAGUACUACUACACUCCGCGGAUUGCUGAUAUCCGCCCGGUCAUCCUCUACCCGCCGAUCCCAGCAAACAACUUCGAGAUCAAGCCAUGCUGGAUUCAGCUCAUCACAUCCUCGAUCCAGUUUCAUGGCUUGAAGGAUGAGGAGGCCAGGGUGCACCUUUCCCGUUUUCUGCAGCUGACGAACGGGUUCAAGCUGAACGGUGUUCCCGAUGAUGCGAUCCGCCUUCAUCUCUUCCCCCAUUCUCUGGCGGGAAAUGCUAAGAGGUGGUUGGAGACCCAGCCCCCAUUGUCCAUCACCUCUUGGGACGAUCUGGCGGACAAGUUUGUGCACAGGUACUAUCCGGCAUCGAAGACUACAGAGAUUCAGCGGGAGAUCACUCACUUCCGCCAGGAGCCAGAGGAGUCACUUCGUGAUGCUUGGGAGCGGUACAUGGGCUACUUCUGGCAGUGCCCCCACCAUGGCUUUAGUGAUGCUUUCACUGUGGGGAACUUCUACAGUGCUCUCUCCCCAGAUAGCCAGAGGGUGAUUGAGUCUUUAUGCCCAGGAGGGGAUAUUCUUACCAAGACUCCACCCGAGCUGAACCAGAUGAUCAGUACUUUGGCUGCCAGAGAUCAUUCUUGGGGACAGGGUAGCAGAGGCAGACAGUCCCGGGACCGUGGUGUGCACGCCAUGGAGACCAGAUCCGAGCUCGAGCAGCAGGUAGCUGAGCUAGUGCAGACAUUGAAGCAGCCCAACAGUCUGAUUCCGGGCAAAGGUUUGGCUACACCUCCAGUUGCUCAGUGUCAGUGGUGUGAGAGCUCCAGUCACUUAGUAGAAGACUGCCAGGCUAUGAGGGAGUCUACCACACCCCAGGAGCAGUUGGCCUUCGUCGCCAAUGCGAGGCGCCUCGAUCCAUACAGUAGCACAUAUAAUGAGGGGUGGCGCCAGCAUCCCAACUUCGCCUGGAGCAGCAACACCACUAAACCACCUGGUUUCCCAGCACCAGCAGGUGGCUUCCAGCAUAGGCAGCCCUUCCAGGCUCGCCAGGGGACAGACCCACAGCAGCAAGCCUACCAGCCUAGGCAGGGCCAGCCAUUCCAGCAGCCCCAGCGCCAGUUUGCCGAGCCAGCAGCAGCUCUGGCCCCAGAUGAUAGGAUGACGAAGCUGGAAAACAUUCUAGCUUCAUUCAUGACUAGCACCCAGGCUGCUAUCACAUCACUGGAGGCAGGUCAGCGGAACCAGGGUGCCAUUUUGCAGGAUCUGCAGACCCAGGUGGGCAUCUUGGCCCGCCAGAGCACCACCAGGGCACCGGGGACUCUGCCUGCCACCACUGUUCCUAAUCCUCGAGAUCCUCACCAGCAUCAGCAGCUGGAUGCCAUUUUUACCAGGAGCGGUAAGGUGAUAUCUGCUGAUCCUGCCCCGGCCAGACAGGAGGAACCACUACCUGCUUCAGCACUUCCAGCCGACGAUGCAGAAGUGCGGGUGGAGAAGGAAGCCCCUGCUCCCAAGCCACAACCAGUGGUUAAGGAGCAUGUACCCCAGCUUCCCUUCCCCACUCGCCUACACAAGGACAAGCUGGAGACUGAGUUUGCCAAGUUCAUGGCAAUGUUGAAGCAGCUCAACAUCAGCAUACCGUUCAUGGAGGCACUGUCGAAGAUGCCCAAGUAUGCCAAGUUCAUGAAAGAUAUCUGCACCAACAAGAAGAAACUUGGGGAUCUCUCGACAGUGAUGCUCAGUGAGGAGUGUUCUGCUAUACUGCAGAGCAAGCUGCCCGAGAAGCGCAAGGAUCCAGGGAGUUUUACUAUCCCUCUUACUAUUGGCAGUAUGCAUGUAGGAAAGUCCUUGGCGGACCUAGGCGCUAGCAUUAACGUCAUGCCAUAUAAGUUGUAUAAAAUGCUAGACCUAGGUGAACUUAGCCCUACUAGGAUGAGCAUUCAAUUAGCUGAUCGUUCUAUCGUGCAUCCUAAGGGUAUCAUUGAGGAUCUGCUUGUUAAAGUAGGUACAUUCACAUAUCCUGUUGAUUUUAUUAUUCUUGAUGUGCAUGAGGAUGUGGAUGUGCCUUUGAUUCUAGGUAGGCCAUUUCUUGCCACCGCCAAGGCACUAAUUGAUGUGCAUGAUGGUAAGUUGAUCUUGCGUGCUGGGAAUGAACAGACUACUUUUUCUGUGACUGAGUUUGAUCACUGUGCUAUGAUUGAUGUCACGCCUGUGCAUGCUAUGUCUGAUCAGGUACACGAGCCUGUCGUGUAUCCUUCUGCACCUCCUAUUUUGCAGGACCCUCCUAUUAUUCCUCCGCCGCCACUCCAUCCAGCCUCACCUCCGAACAAAAAGCUCAAGGAGGAGUGGCGGCCGAAGCAGCAGGUUGCUAAGCCUGCACGGAAGAAGAGUGGAGACCACUAUGAGCUGGUCCCACCUCCUGCACCACGACCACCCUGGCCGUCCGGGUACUCGCUCACCUGCAUCUUGCCAGAUGGGCAGGUCGAGCUGACUGAUGAUGGUGGUCGCAUCCGUCGGGUGCAUGGCCACAACCUGAAGCUGUACCUCAAGAGCGACGUGGAUCCGCUCUUGGAGGCACCUGUUCCUGCACCGCCCUGAGUAUCCACCAUGGGCGUCCAGCUAAUACGACGGUAAAGAAGCGCUUGUGGAGAGGCAACCCCACCACGGUUUGAUUUUCUUUCUUGUGUUUUGAGUCGGAUUGUAACCCGGUUUGGGGUUUGGUUUGCUUUUCUUUUGGUUUGGAUGAUAUUUUAUUGGGCUGACCAUUGAACCUAACAUACUGUGCUUGAGCUCUUCUGUUCCCCUUUGGCUGUGCUUGCUCCGACUGGCCCGUUUCCAGUCCCCUGCAGUCCGUGCAUACCGGUAACAUCGUUCCCUUAUCCUUCCCUCUUCUCCAUUGAGGGCAAUGUCGAGCUUAAGUGUGGGGGGAUGUUUAUCUUUUGACUGCAUUAGAUCUGUUUGUGUGCUUGGAGCCUAGUCCACUGUCCAAAUUUUUAAAUUUGAGGGCUCCAAGUACGUGUUUCCAUGCAAUUUCCUGCUCAGUAUGCUUUGAAUUGACAGUCUUUAUAGUAAUGUGCAACCUAGGGAGGUAGUGUAGCACUAUGGAGGAUGUUGAUGCAUUUAAGAAGUCUCAUUUCUUCUUCAUAUUGUGUUGGUUGAUUGAGUGAAUUAGUGAUCUUAGGACCCUUUGAAUUGUGUGGUGUUGUGGAUUCUCUGCCUGUCAUGGACUCUUGUGUCAUGUUUUGAAAAUAACAGGUGCUCGAUAAUGUGCUUCAAAAUAAACGUCUCCCGUGCGAAUAGGGCGAAAGUGUGUAAGGGGAGACGGGAAUCCGUUCCCAAUUUCCACCUACUACCUCCAGCCCCCUUACAUGUCUUUCCCCCGCACGAGGCUCGAGACAUUCGCUCCUGGCAUGGCCGGUAAGAGCAGGUUGGGACCCUUGAAAAGAAAAAUAACAGAAAACAAGCAAAACAGAAAAAAGGGGUUCCAACCAUCUUCAAAGAAAAUCGAGCACUUUGAAAAAUGUGAGUCCAUGAUCUUUUGUUUUUGAGAAUCUCUUCAUCCACAAUUCAUUUGUCCUCUGUUCACUGUUUGCCAUGAUGCCGACUGACCGAAGAAGCUAUGAGAUGACUUGUGCGUCGGUUGACCUCGUAAGCUGCUAAAUGAUCUAGGAAGUCCUCUACCUACGAUCUGGGUUGUUUGUUGCUAUAGAGGUCUGGAGAGUUGCAUUGGUUUGAGUUAGGUUUGCUUGGGGACAAGCAAACGGUUAAGUGUGGGGGGAUUUGAUGACUCGGUAUUUGCACAUGUUUUCCCCUUUGUUUCUUGAUUGUUUGAGCUUGAAUUAUUGCGUCUUUGGCCUAUUUUAUGCUAGGUUGUGUUCCUUUGUCCCAUUUCAGGUCCUAGCACAUAAAGUGAAGCAUAGGCGCAAGUUUCAAGUCAAUCAGAGAUCAAUUGACGAUUCGAGAGAAGAAACUCGGGCAUGACCUGAAGAAGAAUGGAUUUCUACCUCACUUUAUGGACAAAGAAUCAUGCAAGCUUGUUAUGAAACGAAAGAGGACGAGACUACGAGCGUCUGGGAUCAAACGGCGAUUGAUUCGGAGUCCGGACGAGGGAGAAACGAAGCAUUAAACAGAGGCUGAGCAAGCUGCACGGGCAGACCAGCGUGGCCACGCACGGCCGUGCAAGUGACCAGUUUGGCCGUGCGGGAUUGUGCGUGGGCACGCACGGGAUUGUGCGUGGGCACGCACGGCCGUGCAACAUACAAUUCUGGCCGUGCGAGUUGGCUGAGGUUCAACUAAUUGAUACGCCGCGUUUUGAGGUGCACGGCCAGAAUGGUGAUGUGCACGGCCGUGCACCCUGGCCGUGCGAGUCGGGAUUUUCUCCUUUUAAGCAGAAUUUCAGCCACAAUUCGGGGGGAUUCGAGUUUUUGAGAGAGAGAUCAGUUCCUAGAGAGAGAAAGUGACGAGCAAGAGUUCCCAAGUGCCCUAGAUUGAUCUUCAACACCAUUGGAGGCCAGCUUGAGCUUGGAGGAGUGCCAAUCAACGUCCAGAAGCAGG